UUAAGAUUUUACUGUCGAACAUUUUUACAGAGCAGUCUCUUGAAUGUUGGUGCAGAAUUAUGUCGAUAAAACGUUGGUAAACCCCCAUUCUGGCAAUCAGAUGUUUUCCUUAGUAGUUUGGUAAAAACCUAUAACCAUCUGAUUCACAGUUUACACCUGAAAACGAAUACCAGAUGGCAUUGGCAUUAAACACUAUAUAUCAUCAAGAGUCAUCAUUUUUUAAAGACUGAAGAAAAUGGUUAUACAGAAAACUGAAGAAUAUUUCUUGUGGGAGUGACAUUUCUUUACUUCAUCGCCAAGAAUAAGUACAGGAUGAUUUUCAUGUUCCCGUUAAAUUUGCAAAACUUACCAAAGAACAUUGCAGUUUUUCUCUGUUGCCAACAGAGAUAAAAAUUGAUGGAAAUAUUGUCCUGAGAACUUAAAAUAUAGGAGAAUGAGUUGCCCUGAAGAAUUGCCGAAAGAGAUAGGGGAACCAUCGUACCACUGUGAUAUCUGUAAAAAGUCAUUCGCUCAGGAAAGUAAACUUGCUACUCAUAAAUGUAUUGACAAAAAAGAGAGAGCAGAGAAACGAUAUCAUUGCGAUAUCUGUGGGAAAUCAUUCACUGUAAAAGUUAACUUAACUGAACAUAGGGGUACGCAUACAGGGGAGAAGCCACACAACUGUGAUAUCUGUGGUAAAUCAUUUGUAGCUAGAAGUAAGCUAACUGAACAUAAAAAUAUUCAUACAGGAGAGAGGCCAUAUAAAUGUGAUAUCUGUGAGAAAUCAUUCUUGCGUAAACAUAACUUAAUUACUCACAAACACCUCCAUACUGGAAAGAAACCAUAUGAAUGUGAUAUCUGUGGUAAAUCAUUCUCUCUAAGAGGUCACCUAACCAGUCACGGCCGUAUCCAUACAGGUGAAAAGCCAUAUCACUGUGAUAUCUGUGGUAAAUCGUUUGCUCACACCGAUGGCCUAACUCGGCACAUACGUGUUCAUACAGGAGAGAAACCUUAUAAAUGUAAAAUUUGUGGGGACUCGUUCUCCGACAGUGGUAAUUUAACUAAACACAAAAAGAUCCAUACAGGUGAGAAGUCAUAUCACUGUGAUAUCUGUGGAAAAUCAUUCUUUCAAAAAGUCCAUUUACUUUCUCACAAACGCAUUCAUACAGGUGAAAAACCAUACCAGUGCGAUAUCUGUGGUAAAUCAUUCAGUAACGGAAGCUCGGUUACGACUCACAAACGUAUUCAUACAGGUGAGAAGCCUUAUCACUGUAAUAUUUGUAAUAAGUCGUUCAGCUUUGGCAGUAAAUUAACUGUUCAUAAACGGAUUCAUACAGGUGAAAAACCAUAUUGCUGUGAUGUCUGUGGUAAGUCAUUCAGUAACAGGAGUGCAGUAACUUCUCAUAAACGUAUUCAUACAGGAGAGAAGCUAUAUGAGUGUGAUGUCUGUGGUAAAUCAUUCCCUGCUGGAAGUAAAUUAACUGUUCACAAACGUAUCCACACAGGGGAAAAACCAUACGAAUGUGAAAUCUGCGGUAGAUCUUUUCCCUACGCAAGUGGAUUAGCUGUUCACAAACGUAUUCAUACAGGGGAAAAGCCAUACGAUUGUGAAACUUGUGGUAAGUCAUUCACACGAAGAAGCCAGUUGAUGAUACACAAGAGACGCAUUCAUACGGGAGAGAAACCGUAUCCGUGUGAUAUCUGCGGUAAAUCUUUCACCGACGGAAGUGGGUUAAACGUUCACAAACGUAUGCAUACAGGGGAAAAACCGUAUCACUGUGAUAUCUGUGGUAAAGCAUUCCGCUAUUCAGGUGCAAUAACUGUUCACAAACGUAUUCAUACAGAAAGCCAACCGUAUGACUGUAAUAUUUGCGGUAAAUCAUUCUCCGGAACAAGUCAGUUGACGAUACACAAAAGACACAUUCAUGCGAAAGAGAAAACAUAUCACUGUAAUAUCUGUGGUAAAUCAUUCUCUGCUCAAAGUCCAUUAAAUUAUCACAAACGCAUUCAUACUGGGGAAAAACCGUACCACUGUGAUAUCUGCGGUAAAUCCUUCGGUUAUUCAAGUGGAUUGACUGUUCACAAACGUUUCCAUACAGGAGAAAAACCAUAUCACUGUGACAUCUGUGGUAAGUCGUUUAGUUACAGAGGUGCGUUGACCGGUCACAAACGUCUCCAUACCGGGGAAAAGCCGUAUCACUGCAAUAUCUGUGGGAAAUCUUUUGCCCAAGCAAGCCCAUUGACAAUUCACAAGCGACGCAUGCAUACAGGUGAGAAACCCUAUCCGUGCGAUAUCUGUGGUAAAUCUUUUGCUGACGGAAGUGGAUUAAAUGUUCAUAAACGUAUUCACACAGGGGAAAAAGUACAUCACUGUGAUAUCUGUGGUAAAUCGUUCAGUUAUCGACACACGUUAACUGUUCACAAACGUAUCCAUUCAGGAAGCAAGCUAUAUUACUGUGCCAUUUGUGGUAAAUCAUUCACGGAAAGAAGUGAAUUGACAGUUCACAAGAAACACAUUCAUACGAAAGAGAAAACCUAUCACUGUGAUAUCUGUGAUAAAUCAUUCACUGAUCAAAGUCCAUUAGCUGUUCACAAACGCAUUCAUACCGGGGAAAAUCUUUUCCACUGUGAUAUCUGUGGUAAGGCGUUCACUUACAGAAGCCCAUUAAACCGUCACAAACUUAUUCAUACAGGGGAAAGACCGUAUCACUGUGAUAUCUGCGGGAAAUCAUUCCGAUACACAAGUGGUUUAACCGUUCACAAACGUAUUCACACGGGGGAAAAACCAUAUCAGUGUAAUAUCUGUGGGAAGUCUUUUGCUUAUGCUAGAACCUUAAGCGUUCACGAUUGUAUUCAUAUCGGAAAGAAACCAUAUCAUUGCGAUACCUGUGGUAAAUCAUUCAUAACUGGAAGUGAACUGACUGCUCACAAAUGUGUACACACUCGAGAGGAGCCAUAUCACUGUGAUAUUUGUGGUAAAUUGUUCUCGGAACGUUCUGGCCUUAUUAGGCACAUACGUACUCAUACAGGUGAGAAACCAUAUGAAUGCAAUAUCUGUGGUAAAACAUUCUCUGAAAAAUAUCAUUUAACUAGUCACAAACGUAUUCAUACAGGAGAGAAGCCAUAUCGGUGUGACAUUUGUGGAAUAUCAUUCUCUGACAGUGGAAAUUUAACUAAACACAAAUACAUUCAUACAGGAGAGAAGUCGUAUCAUUGUGAUAUCUGUGGUAAAUCAGUCAAUGAACAAAGUCCACUAAAUCUUCAUAAAUGUAUUCAUACAGGGGAGAAACCAUACAACUGUGAUAUAUGUAGUAAGUCCUUUAUUUAUAAAAAUGCAUUAAUUGCUCACAAACGUAUUCAUUCAGGAGAUAAACCAUAUUGCUGUGAUAUCUGUGGCAAAUCAUAUUCUGCAACAAUUAAAUUAACAAUGCACAAAAGACGCAUUCAUACAAAAGAGAAACAAUAUCGCUGUUAUAUCUGUGGUAAAUCAUUCACUGACCAAAGCCCAUUAACUGUUCACAAACGUAUUCAUACAGGGUCAAAACCUCAUCACUGCGAUAUCUGUGGUAAAAUGUUUACUUAUGCAAGUGGAUUAACCAUUCAUAAACGUAUCCAUACUGGAGUUAAACCAUAUCGCUGUGAUAUCUGUGGUAAAUCAUUCUCUGAAAAACAUUGUUUAACUAAACACAAAUAUACUCAUACUGGUGAAAAACUGUACCACUGUAAUGUCUGCGGUAAAUCCUUCUCUCAGACAAGCCAUUUAACUGUUCACAGUCGUACUCACACAGGCGAGAAACCAUAUCAUUGUGAGAUGUGUGAUAAAUCAUUCUCUCAAAAAGCUCAUUUGACAAUUCAUAGACGUAUUCAUACAGGAGAUAGACCCUAUAAAUGUGAUAUUUGUGGUAAAUCUUUCUCCCAAAAUAGUGAUGUGACUAAACACUACCGGACUCAUACAGGAGAAAAACCAUAUCGCUGUGAUAUCUGUGGUAAAUCAUUCUCUGUAAGUACUGCAUUAACUAGUCACAAAUACAUUCACACAGGGGAAAAACCAUAUCGCUGUGAUAUCUGUGGUAAAUCAUUUUCUCACACUAAACAUGCAUGUGUUCAUUCUGAAGAAAAACUAUAUCACGAUGAUGACAUCUGUGGAAAAUCAUCCCUUUCUGUAGCAAAUCACUCAUCAAUGUAGAAAUAUACAGUUUGUGAAGUGGGUGAGAAAUGAGCAGAGACAUUAGCACUCUAAUGUUGCCAGGGAUAUGAGAGCCUUUCCACUUCUGGCUUCAUGAUAAUAUAUCCAAUACACUUUGAAAAAGACUUAUAGGUAGGGCAGACAGAUAUGAUAUCCUUGUCCUUGGAAAAUAGAAAUGAAAUGCUUUUCCUGACUCAUCUUAUUUCUUUAUUACCCACAAGGGGCCAAACAUAGAGGGGACAAACAAGGACAGACAAACGGAUUAAGGCAAUUAC